CUCUGCUCUCACGAAAAAAGUUGUGGAUUGCAUUUCGCACCUCAUUCUCACGACAACCGCCCAACACCUCACCAACCCGCCGACAAAGUAGCCCGUCGACACCAUGGCCCGCGGAAUCAAGAAGCACCAGAAGCGCCUUAGUGCCCCCUCGCACUGGCUGCUGGACAAGCUGUCCGGUACCUACGCCCCCAAGGCGUCUGCCGGUCCCCACAAGCUGCGCGACUGCAUGCCCCUGAUCGUCUUCAUCCGCAACCGCCUGAAGUACGCCCUCAACUACCGCGAGACCAAGUCGAUCCUCACCCAGCGCCUGAUCAAGGUCGACGGCAAGGUCCGCACCGACAUGACCUACCCCGCCGGCUUCAUGGACGUCAUCACCAUUGACAAGACGGGCGAGAACUUCCGUCUCGUCUACGACACCAAGGGCCGCUUCACCGUCCACCGCAUCCAGAAUGAGGAGGCCGAGUACAAGCUCGGCAAGGUCAAGCGCGUCCAGCUCGGCCGUGGUGGAAUCCCAUUCUUGGUCACGCACGAUGCGAGAACCAUCCGCUACCCCGACCCUCUGAUCAAGGUCAACGACACCGUCAAGAUCGACCUCGCCACUGGCAAGAUCUCUGACUUCAUCAAGUUCGACACUGGCGCCAUUGCCAUGGCCACCGGUGGUCGCAACAUGGGUCGUGUCGGUGUCAUCACCCACCGUGAGCGCCACGACGGAGGCUUCAACAUUGUCCACAUCAAGGACGCCAUUGACAACUCGUUCGCCACCCGUGAGAGCAACGUUUUCGUCAUCGGCCAGGAGAAGCCCUGGAUCUCCCUGCCCAAAGGCAAGGGUGUCAAGCUCUCCAUUGCCGAGGAGCGUGACCGCCGCCGUGCCUACGCCAUUGCCAACUAAAAUAUGUCACUUGGUCUUUGGGUCUGUUUAGGGAACGGGGGGGUUUCACAAAAGAAAUUCAAUUAGGCAUGAGGAAACCGGAGUCUCGGAUUUGAUGUUCACUUUUGAUAGCCCUGACUAGUCGUAGAGAUAUGGUCAGCCUCACGAGGCAUGAGAAAAGAUACCUUGAACCACUUCCGACU